AUGCUGUGGAUAGAUAAGCAUUGCCCAAAGAACCUGAAUGAUUUCACAUCACACAAGGAUCUUAGUGAGCUCCUAUUGAAGUUAGUCAACAAAUCGCAUGGUGAAUUACCGCAUUUUUUAUUCUAUGGGCCUUCAGGAGCUGGAAAAAAAUCCAGAAUUCUAGCUACUCUCCGCUCAGUGUUUGGAAAUAAGGUAGAUAAGAUUAAAACCGACGUCUUGUCAUACAAGGACACUAGCGAGGUUGUAGUAUGCCAAAGUGAAGUCCAUAUUCAAAUACCAUGUCAAGAAUUAGGAACAAGAGAUAGAUACAUAGUACAGGAUAUUAUAAGAAGCUUAUCUUCAGCACCUUCUGCCUCAAACUUUUUUUCAAAAGGACCUUCUUAUAGAGCUUUCCUUUUUGAGGAUGCCGACACACUAACCCAAGAGGCCCAGGCGGCCCUUCGUAGAACCAUGGAAACAUAUAUCAAAAAUGCAAGGAUGUUUUUACACGUCAGACAACUAUCAAGAAUAAUGCCUCCCCUAAGAAGCCGUUGUUUAUGCAUAAGGGUUAGAAGUCACACAAAUGAUGAGAUUGUUCAAAUUUUGAGGAAAAUCUGCAACUCAGAAGACAUCACGCCUUCUCAAGCUAGUGACCAGAUGCUUAGAAACAUUGCUGAAUCAAGCAAACGGAAUUUGAGAAGGUCCAUAUUGACACUGGAAACCAUAGCGAUGGGUGGAUUCACCCUGCAAACUAAGAACUUCAUGAUGCCCUGGGAAAAGAAUAUAACGCAAGUAGUACAAUCAGUUGUCUCAUCGCAAACUCCUUCAACGCUCUCUGCUGUAAGACCUCAAAUAUACGAACUUUUGGUGUGUUGCAUCCCUGGCGAUCUCAUUUUAGAGAACAUUGUUGACCAGCUUGUACCUAAGGUGAAGCCAUCUUUGGUUCCCAGUGUUUUCCAUCUUGCAGCUCACUUUUCUCACACAAUGAAGCUUGGCUCAAAGGAUAUAUGGCACAUUGAGGCCUUCCUGGCCCAGAUCAUGAGCCUAAUUGCUAAGACCAGAACUUCUAAAAAUUAA